AUGGACAAACCAGAUCCAAAAGGCCAGAAAAAGACUUUCAACUGCUGCAUUUCAGCUGUGGUUAUACCGUACUUGAUUGUGCUCACUGUAGGCUUCGGACUGUUGGCCUAUAAAGGUACUCAGAAAAAGAGAAAAAAUAGCUGCUAUGAUUUCUAUGAGAUGACCAUAGAUAUAGAUAAAAUGAAAGAAGAAACUGCCAAGAAACUGGCAAGCUAUUCUGUCAAUGCCACUGUGCAAAAGGAAGCCUUUAUUGGAGCAAGCUCACACAGAGGAGGAGACAACUGGAUCAGAAAUUUAAAGGAAGAAAUUCACAUAAUCAAGCUGAGCAACCAACAUUUACAAUGGAAGAUGGCCAAUUUUACAGGUUCCAAAGGAGAAAGAGGAGUUCCAGGGACGAAGGGUGACCAAGGCAGUAAUGGAAUUAAAGGCAAAAAAGGAGAUAUUGGCUUAAGAGGAAGCAAAGGAGAGCCAGGGCCAAAGGGUACAGGAUUUCCUGGACUAAAAGGAGAAAAUGGAGUUCCAGGGAUGAGAGGACUUGCAGGUGCCCAGGGAGAGAAGGGUGAAACAGGAAUCGAGGGACCAAAGGGAUCAAAAGGAGAGCAAGGACUGCCAGGUUUAAUUGGACGUGAUGGUGAAAAGGGAUCUAAAGGGGAUCUUGGGCCUGCUGGGCUAAAAGGUGAACCAGGAACAAAAGGGCAAAUGGGAGACAGAGGACCUCAAGGUCUUCCAGGGCUCCAAGGAGCAACUGGUGAAAAGGGUGAUAUGGGCCCAAGAGGACUAGAUGGUCUUCCAGGAGAGAAGGGUGAACGGGGAGAACGAGGCCUCCAAGGUUUGGAUGGUCCCCAAGGAUUUAUUGGAUUACCAGGUGUCGCUGGUAUGAUUGGACCACCAGGAAAUCCUGGUCCAAAAGGCCCAAAAGGGGACAAAGGACAGAAAGGAGAAGCAAGUAACCUUGCAGGGUUACCAGGAGUAAAAGGCGAUCAAGGGGAAAAGGGUUACACAGGAGAUCCAGGCUUACUCGGAAGUAAAGGGACAAAGGGAGAUCAGGGUAUGACAGGCAGCAGAGGCAUGCCUGGAGAAGAAGGAAGUAAGGGAAGUGCAGGGUCUCCUGGGCAGAAAGGCGAGCCAGGAAGUAAAGGAGACAAAGGCUCACAGGGAAAUCAAGGACUCUCAGGACCUAAAGGUGAAAAGGAAGCUUCAGGAAGUGCUUCCAUUCUAAGAAUUGUUGGAGGACUUCAUCGUGGCCGAGUUGAGAUUCUACAUGAUGGUGCAUGGGGUACCAUAUGUGAUGAUAACUGGGACAAUAAUGAUGGAAUUGUGGUUUGUCGAAUGAUGGGAUAUAGCCGUGUAAUUGAAGUCUUCACUGCACCUGCAGGCUCUGGAACAAUCUGGUUGGAUGACGUGCAAUGUACAGGAAGUGAAGUCUCCAUUUAUGCAUGUCCUAAACGUAGCUGGGGUGAACACAACUGCGGUCAUAGAGAAGAUGCUGGGGUACAGUGUGCUUAACAAAAGGCGGUUCUGCUCUGAUUUCUCCAAAACAAUACUUUAAUAUUAAUAAUACCAUAAUGAAAUAUGUAUGACACUGUCAUGCAGUGUGCAUUUCUGAGGUAAUUAGAUUAUGGAUUGAUUUUGUUUUGGGGGUUUUAUCCCAUUCUAAUAAUACAUCUCUGUAUUCUCCUUUGCUGAUCAAGGCUAUUUUAAUUGGAUGUGUGAAAAAUCAGCAUCAGCUAACUAGGCUCACUUUAUGAUAAGAUUCAUUUUAGUGGGGAAGGCCUGUAACUCAGUGGUAAGAGCAUCUGCCUUGCAUGCAGAAGGUCCCAGGUUCAAUCCCUGACAUUUCUACCUAGGGCUGGGGAUGUCCCCUGUCUAAAACCCUGGAAAGCCACAGCCAGUCAGAAUAGACAAUGCUGUGCUAGGUGGAGGUAUGGUAUGACUUGGCAUAAGGCCAUUCCUUAUGUUCCUAAUUAUAACACUGAACAUUUACAAGGAACUACAUCCCAAGUGCAUUAACUCAGAAGUAGAGUCCUUAGGAAGGCCUUAAAAGUUUUUUUUUUUGUUUUCAGUGGCCUUCUCUUAAGGGAUGAUUUACUUUACUGUGCUCUUUUCCUGUUACAGUUUUGUUUUAUGGAGCGGGGAGUGGAUGUGUGUUUAUGACUGCUGAGUUUAUUCAUGGUUUCUAUUUUGGAAGUUUGAUAUUGUCUGUUAUUGUGGAAGUUGUAUUUUUAUCUUGUUACUGUGGAAGUUGCCUUGACAGAAUUUUUAUUUGUAAAGAUGCCCUAACAUAGAACUUCAAGGCUGUUUUAAGAAGAAAGAUCCUAUGGUAUAUAAAUUUCCUGGUUGUUUGGCUGUUUUUAUUGUACCUUUGUAUUUUAUGCUAGUGCACUGUAUGCCCUUCUGUACUUUUUUUAACCUUUUGCGG